CACUCUGUCCCGCGGGCUCCUGGUGGCAGAGCUCCCAGCCCUCACACAGAAGCAUCUGUGCCAGAAGCAGAGGGGAAGAAAGACACAGGCCCAGAGGUAAGGCCCUGCCCUUUCUUGGGGGAAGGCUCAGGUCCCUGCCUGCCUCAGCAAGGCCACAAUGAACAGGCGAACCUUGUUUAGGCACCUGUUCCUGGUGCUGCAACUAGCGGUGCUCCCAGCCAUCACUCAGGGAAAAGAAGUGGUGCUGGCCAAGGCAGGGGACAUCGUGGAGCUGCCCUGCAAAGCUUCCCGAAAGAAGAUCAUGCCCUUCCACUGGAAACACCCUUCCCAGGUCAAGAUUCUGGGAAGUCAGGGCUCCUUCUGGGUUACAGGUCCCUCCAAGCUGAAAACUCGAGUUGACACAAAAAAAAUCCUGUGGGACCAGGGAUCAUUUCCUCUGCUCAUCAGAGACCUUGAAAUAACAGACUCAGGGACUUACAUCUGUGAAGUGGAAGACAGAAAGAUCGAGGUGGAAUUGCUGGUGUUCAAAUUGACCACCAGCCCGAACACUGGCAGCAACAUCCGCCUGCUGGCAGGGCAGAGCCUGACCCUGACCCUGGAGACCCCGUCUGGUAGUAACCCUUCAGUGCAAUGGAAAGGCCCAUGGAAUAAAAGCAAAAUGGGGAUCAAGAGCCUCUCAUUGUCCCAGCUGGGGCUGCAGGAGAGUGGCACCUGGACGUGCACCGUCUCCCAGAACCAGAAGACACUGGUGUUCAAAGUAAACAUCUUGGUGCUGGCAUUUUGGAAGCAUUCUACUGCGGUCUAUACAAAAGAGGGGGAGCCGGCAGCCUUCUCCUUCCCACUUACCUUCGAAGAUGAGAGCCUGAGAGGGGAGCUGAGGUGGCAGGCGGUGGGGGAUUCCAGCCCUCAGUCCUGGGUCACCUUCUCCUUGGAGAACAAGAAGGUGUCUGUGAAAAAGGUUCUCCCAGACCUCAAGCUCCAGAUUGGGGAGGCACUCCCACUCCGCCUCACUCUGCCCCAGGCUUCACAUCACCAUGCUGGUUCUGGAAACCUGACCCUGGUUCUCUCCCAGGGCCAGUUGCACCAGGAAGUGAACCUCGUGGUGAUGAAAGUGACUAAGUCCCAGGACAUUUUGGCCUGUGAGGUGCUGGGACCCACCUCCCCUGAGCUGACGCUUAGCUUGAGCCUGGAGAACCAGACUGCCAACGUCACCAAUCAGCAGAAGCUGGUGCAGGUGUCCAACCCUGAGGUGGGGGCAUGGCAGUGCGUACUGAGUGACAAGGACAAAGUCCUGCUGAAAUCCCAGGUCAAGGUUUCAUCCACAGCGCUCACCAGGGUCUCACUGAAGCUCCUGGCUACAGUGCUGGGUGGGAUCACAGGCCUGCUUUUCACUGGGUUCUUCAUCUUCUGCUGUGUUAAGUGCUGGCACCGCAGGCGCCAGGCAGAGCGGGUGUCUCAGAUCAAGAGACUCCUCAGUGAGAAGAAGACCUGCCAGUGUCCCCACCGCUUCCAGAAAACAUGUAGUCUCAUUUGAGGCACCAGGCAGGGAGCUUUCCACUUGCAGCCUCCCAGCGGUCUUCCCUGCAGUUUCGUUGGGCUCCUGGGCGUGCGGACCAGAUGAAUGUAGCAGAUCCCAGCGCCUCC